CACGGGGUUCGAACAUCAUGUCCACGUGCGGGAGGGGACACGGCCUACGGCGCCCCUGGGAGGAGGAGGAGGAGGAGGAGGAGGAGGAGGAGGAGGAGGAGGAGGAGGAGGAGGAGGGGGCCGGCUGCCUCACUGAGAGCUGGGAGCGCGGACAGCGAGAUCGCCUUUCAGGCGCUUGGGCGACAUCGACUCGAGGGCGGCCAGGCACUCGAGGGCAAACCGCAGCUGCUCCUCGGCGGACAGGCCGUCCAUGAGGCGGUCGAUGGGCUGGUCGGGGCGCAGGAAGCCGCCUAUCUCCUGGACGGCCUGGCUGGCCUUCUCCCACACAACCAUGGCGCAGACAGCGAGGACAACCUUCUCCGCGACCUUCAGCAAGUACUGGCCCUCAACCAUGGCACGGCUCGUCAUCCCGCGACUGGGCGUGCCAGGUGAGUAUGAGCAACUCUGGAGCCGAACCUUGAGCCACAAUGGUUUGAGUGGCUACGGAUCUCAGAGCAGACUAUUUAGUCUCAG